CACGUCUUCCUCAUAUAACAUACAACCCAAACUAUCAUCCAUUUACCUCAACUAACCAGCAACCUUGCAGCAACUCUCUCGUGUACAAUAACUCACAAGAUCAUCUGAGACUUCUUACGUAGCGCAAGCUAUACCAUCAGGAAACUACUUUCACCUACACUUUCAUUCACUCACUCUAUUUUUACUUCCACAUAUUUUUCCACCUCUUCUUCUAUCUUCCUCUUUGUAGAAUCCUAUCAUGGAUUCUUCAAGCAAUCGCGGCCGCGGCCGAAAACGCCCUACUUCACAUAUUUCACCACCUCCUUCCUCCCCUCCCCAGAAGGCAGCUCAGGAACUACCUGACCUACCAUCUGUCUCCGACGCCUCUGGCCCGUCGGCUCUCUUACCCUUAUCCCUCGAAACCCCGAGUCCAUCUGCCCCGCUCUCCACGCGGAUGCGCACUCGCCAGGCCGAGGGUACUAACACUUCACCCGUGGGUCGCUCCCUACGAAAGCGACCUCGUGUGGACUACACAUUCGAGCAGCAAGAUGCCGAGAACAGUCUCAAACUUUCCUCGAGCUCUCCUCGCUCAUUUAAGCGUCGUCGUACCGAUGUUGUUUCGAAUGAGAACGAGUUAGACGAUGAUUCGGAAGCUCGCUCAGAAGCACGCUCUAAGAGACGUGCCUCCGAACAGCCCCAGUCGUCCUUCACUCGUAAGCGUAUCGCGGGUAAAGGGCCAGUGGACCAGCAGACCUUUGCGCCAGCCCACCACGAUGAUGUCGAAGUACAGGACACCAUCGAAGUUGGUGGACACCAUAGUGAAGAGUCUGAUGAGUCGCUCAUCCGAAGAGCCAGUUCAGGUUCUUCAAGUCACGACAACAAGGCGGCUCCUGGAUCAGCCUCAUCCGAAUCUGCUGAUAACCGACUUUCGCAGUCCAAGCAGUCGCCAUCUGCUCCCAGGGUGUCCCUUCUCUCUCGACCCCUACCCCUACCCCCCUAUGAACCACUCCCGCGUGAGAACGUAUCAAAGAGACUCCGAGACAGAGUCCAGGUGAAUAUAUCUGGAGAGAUGAGCGAGGAUACAGAGCCUACUGGACAACAGCCACUUGAUAUGGAUAAUGAUCAGAAUGACCUAGAUUCUUUGAGUCACCUCACCCCUUACAUACGGGGUUCUUACACCUUUUACCCACAAUACCCCGAGGAUGACGCAGAACCUGAAGCUGAUCUUGAUCGUGACUCUUGUCAGGUGGAUGCAGAUGUUGAUCUCAACGCGGACGCUGACCCUAGUCUGGAACUUGAUCGCACAGCAGCCACCAACGGCCAGAGCAGUGCUGAAGACAUAGCUGUCGAGGACAAGGUAGAUGGUCCCGUGGAGCAGACGCCGGCCGAUACUGCGGCAAACUCACCGUCUGGUGAGGUAGAAGCAACCCCUGCCCAGGCGCCACAGAAGAAGCGGUACAGAUUCAACCAAAUACGGCCGGCGUCCGAAUAUACGGACCUAUUCAAGGACAUCAAGUCCUUAUCUACAGCAGAACUUUACCGCCGAAUUGAGGUCGCCAACGAGGCCAUGGUUGCAUGGCAGGAGGAAUUUCGUGAGCUUAAAAAAAUCACGGAUGAUUACGACAACUCAGUCCGAUAUAAGAGGGAAGAGGAAUCCUUCCAACGACGUUCAAACAUGAUGGCCAGUAGAAACCCAUCCUACAACCCAAUCGCCAAGGACUUCGUCGUUAAAGGGGAGAGAGCGCAAGAUAAUACAGAUCCCCUAGUGAAGUAUAUGCGUCAGCAAGACAAAAUACAGGCGGACGCGUGGGGCUUCGAGUACGAUCCCCGCCCCGACAAGAUUGGUAAUCAGAACCCCAUUGCACAGCGAACUGGGGCCGGCCGCCAGGGACGACUUAGAGAACGACCCAAGCAAACCGCCAAGGCAGCAGAGUUGGACGAGCCCAUUGUCUUGCCAGGAAAGAGAAUCAGAAAAGCUCCAGAGAGAUUUGCGGGAGAUGAAGUUAUUAGCAGGGGGUCUACCCCGGUGCCUACCCAGCGACGAGGACGUCGCCAUAAUUUAGCGCCAGAGAAUGGCGAACAGAAUCCACCCCAGCCCCAGUCACAGGCUCAGCAACUACCUCUAUCACAACCCCAGCCUCAGUCGAAGGCCAAGGGACAGUCUCAAUUACCUCAAUCAUCUCAACCUGAGCCCCAGCCACAGGCUCUAACUUCAUCUUUCUCUUCAUCCCAGACACAUGCCGAGGUCCAAGACCCGAGUGUCUCUACACAAGAUCAUAUACCUGCACCCGCACAUGCCGAGAAGGACGUUCCGAAGAAGAAGGGAAAGGGUGGCCGCCCUCGAAAGAAUCCCAUUCCGGAACCUGUAGCAGAAGCCGAACCUACUACGGCAGCUACGAUAGAAUCUAUGAUAGAAUCUCAGUCGCGGCCAGAACCGAAACCUGAGCCGGACCAAUCCCGCGCCCUAGAGACGCGCGUCAUCCCACAUCGCGAUGCAGAGUCCGAGCCCGAGUCAUCGAACCCAUCGACGAAGCGAGAGAGAGAUGACGAAGAAGUCGCGGAAGAGCAAAGCACUCGCAAACGUCGACGUAGAGCACCUCCGUCAGCUCCUAACUCUAUUGUUACCCUUACCCUUGCCCCUCCCCCAGCCCCGGCUGCACCGGUUAUAGAAGAUAAUGUCACCAAUGGUACAGAGCCAGAGACUCACGUGAAAUCGACACGUCGAAGAAUCACGAAGAAGACAGAUACAUCUCACGAACCUCCGAACACUACGACCAAUACAUCCUUUACGGCUCCAGUCGAAGAACCUCGUCCCCGAACUGCCUCGUCUACCGCAACCGUUGAUACUACGGCAUCUACCAACAAUUAUCAGCUCCGCGAGAAGCGUCAGAGGAAGUUCACUAACGAUAUUAUUGAUGACGACUUCAUUGAAGAGCCUAAGCGCAAGCGUGCUCGACGAGCGUCAAAGAAACCACAAGUCAAGAAGGAAAAUAUUUUACCUGCCCCGGAGCCUUCUCCCGUAAAGCAACCUGAACCAGAGGUGCCUGCCCUACCAAAGCCUCCCACCAGAAUCAGAAUUAAGGGAAUGCCUAACCCUUUACCGAACCCUACUUUGACACCGGCGUCCAGCACGCCUUCGUUAGCCCCCUCUACGAACUUGGCGCCGGCUAACUUAAACAACCUUAUUAACGGCAAUAGUAACGGCAAUGGUAAUGUCGUUGGCAACGGAACCUCAAGGUUUGACGCUGCUGACACAGAGUCCAGGGCAGAGCCCCCGAAGGACUACAGUACGAUGACCAAAUCAGAAAAGAUGUCAGCAUCGAUGAAAGCUCGAUGGGCAUCUGGGUCGAUGGGCAAUGCCGUGCUCAAACGCCGCGCGACGCUUGCAGCUAAGAAGCAGAGUGCGAAACCGUCCGAAGUGACAAAUGCCGCAGCACCGGACCAAGCUCCAACUUCUGGAUCUACGCAUCAACCAGAGUCUGAUGAAGAUAUCGAUGACGACCAUGAAUCGGUUACAAUGUCGCCGAGCGAUGGAUCAUCUUAGCCAUUGCGCUCGUCUGUCUCAUCCUUGGAUGAGUACACUAUGAUAACAAAAAAUAAAAAAAUAAAAACACAAAAAAAGCAAAAAAAAUAAAAAAGAAAAAUAAAAACACAAAAAAAGCAAAAAAAUAAAAAAGAAAAAUAAAAAA